AUGGUUUCAUUAUCAAAAAAAUCUCCUGAAGAACGAUUAAAUAUUUGUCGUAAAUAUUACAGAGCUGGUUUUGCUUUUUUACCACUUCUUUGGCUUAUUAAUGCAAUUUGGUUUUAUAAACAAGCUUUUAAAGUUGAAUCAUAUCCUCAACAAGCACAAAUUCGUACAUAUGUUAUUCGAAGUGCAAUUGGUACACUUAUUUGGAUAAUUAUUAUCGUAGCAUGGAAUAUAACAUUUCAAUUAUUACGUACAAAGAUGGGACCUCUUGGUGAUUUUUUAACAUUUGUUUAUCCACGGGGAUAUUAUUAA